AUGAAUAAUUAAUCUAAUGUAGAAUAGUUUGAUUUCAAGAACGUUGAAUAGGAGCCAAAAAUUUAAUAAAUUAAAAGUAUUAGAGUUUAAGCUAAUCGCUACUACACAUAAAAGUAAUAGGAAGAAGAAUCAGAAAGUUUAGAUACUCUUUAGAGUGUUUUCAAUUCAGAACAAGAAUUGAAAGGAAUAUUUGAAAGUUUAUCAAAUAUAAGUACAACAAAUACAAUCAAGCUAAAGAAAAAAAAAUAAAAAGGAGUUUAUAAUGGGAAUUCUUUUAAGACUAGACUGGCGAAAAAAACAAAGAUGUAGUCAUUUAGAUUAGAAGAGGAAGCAUGUAGCUAAGAUGAAGAAGAAAGUCUUCCUUAAAAUCUAAUAGAUGUUGAUCUGUAAUUUAGAGAAGAGGCAAUAUUUUCAGUAUAAAAAAUAAUAGAAAGUCGAAAGAAACUCUAAUGA